GCUGGUCACAGUAAAAAUGUAAAUAAAGAUAAGAGACUCAGUCGUGUAACGUAAUCGUAGUGAUUAUGAACGGUUGUCAAUAAUGUCGUCGCUUAAAGUAAAAGUGAAUCAAGGAAUUGUGUGUGGCUGUGAAGAGAAAUUGCCAAAUGGUAAAACGUUUCUCCGUUUCUCGGGCAUUCCGUACGCAAAGCCACCUAUCAACGAACUUCGAUUUCGUGCACCGCAACCGCUAACAAAGUUCGAGCAACCAGAGUUGGACUGUACAAGGGAACGGGAUGCUUGUAUACACAAAUCGACUUUGACGGGAAAGUACGUCGGAUCGGAGGACUGUUUGAAUCUGAACGUUUAUGUGCCGGUGAUGGACGGUGAUGCGAGGGAGAAACUUGCAGUCAUGGUUUACAUUCAUGGUGGGGCGCUGAAAUAUGAUUCGAAUUCGAUGGAUCUCCAUUCACCAGAAUUUUUGUUAAUGGAAAACGUCAUUGUCAUCACAAUCAACUAUCGCUUGCAUGUUCUGGGCUUUCUCAGUUUACCCCAAAUGGGAAUAUCAGGCAAUGCUGGCUUGAAGGACCAACAACUGGCCUUGGAAUGGAUUCACCAAAACAUUUCUAACUUCAACGGUGAUCCGUCCCGCAUUUGUCUGUUUGGCGAGUCGGCUGGGGCCGUGUGUGUCCAGUUUCAAGUGCUGAACGAAAGGUCGAGGAAGUGCCUGAGCUCAGCAAUUUGUCAGAGUGGAACGGUUCUGAGUGAACGAUACAUGCAAGUUCAGCCGGAGGAACGGAUCAAAAUUUUGUCGAAGCGAUUGGGCUGCACCAGUGAAUCGUGGGAAAAUAUUUACGAAACGUUGAUGACAGCCGGAGCGGUCGAUCUGUAUGACAAUUGUGAAAUUCGGUUGGAAACGGAACCGAACACCGGUUUCAAAAAUAAAUGGAGAAUGGUGAUCGAGGAGGAAUCGAACGAUGCUUUCAUUACAAAGUCGCCGCUGGAAUUGAUGAUGGGUCAAGCCGGACAGAUUAACAUAUCGGUUAUGAGUGGAACAAAUAAUGGUGACGGAAUGCCGACGGCAAUGAGAAUAAUUUCCCGGCAAUUGUUUAGCUUAGAACACAUCAAACCGUUGAUUUCUCGCUCUAUUCGCUUGAAGUUUGGUGAUCGAUCGGAUGACCUUCUACGCCUAAUUCACAAAUUUUACUUCGAUAAUCGCCAAUUGUCCGACGAAAAUGUUCAACAGCUAGUGACACUAUUGUCCGAUCUCCAAUAUCUCAUCGAUCAAACCAAAUCGAAUGAACUCUUGACACGAUACCAUCCUCAAGCAAAACAAUUCCUGUACGAAUUUCAAUUCGUCGGUGAGUUGAACAUGAUGAAGAAACAAAUGAAAAUUCAGAACAUUCCCUUAGCGUCACAUGCUGACGAUGUGUACUAUCUGUUCGGAGGAACACUGGUGGACCGAGCGAAAUUGGCGAAAGAUUCACGAGAAUGGAAAAUGAGAGAAACGAUGUGCAAAUUGUGGACGAAUUUUGCGAAGUAUGGUGAUCCGACUCCGGAUAAGGAUAAUCCGCUUUCAUUCAAAUGGCUUGCGGUGCAAGGAGCGGAUGUUGUCGGUGGAAAUGGGAUCAAUCAUCUUGUUAUAAACGACGAUAUCGGAUUAGUGAGCAAUUUGAACAAAGACCGGAUGGAUUUUUGGAGGAAGCACCUUAAUUGGAGCGAGGAUUUUGUUUGGGCAAGAUUGUAGUUGAUGGAUGUCUCCAAUCUGUUUAUUAAACGGAAUCGUUAAA